AUGGUAAAGCAAGCAGUUAAGGUAGUAGUCAGAGCCAGACCCACUGCCAACUUCGCCUCCAAGAACAUCAAAAUUGAUCCUCUCACUGGAACUAUCGCAUUGAAUAUUGACAAGAAAGACGAAGGAACUGUGAAUAAUCAACUAGAUUCGUGGAAAUUUAAAUUCGACAAGAUUCUUCAAAAUUCUUCAUAAGAUGAAGUUUAUGAAGCAGCAGCUCAAGAAACAGUGCAGUCAGUUGUGCAAGGAUAUAAUGGGACCAUCCUUUGCUAUGGACAAACUGGAGCUGGAAAGACAUUCACAAUGACUGGCAGCAGCACUAACUUCUCAUACAGAGGAGUUAUACCAAGAGCUAUAAGCCAAGUAUUUAGAGAAGUAGGAAACAAAUUUGACCAAGCUAUAACUAUCAGAAUGUUUGACUUGCUUUCCCCUAUCCCUACUCACGAGCAAUAGGCAUCUCACCUGCAAAUUCAAGAUGACUCAAGAGGCGGUGUGGCUAUCAAGAACCUGUCAAUGAUAGUUUGCAAUUAAGAGGAGGACGCUUUGAAUUAACUCUUUGAGGGUGACAUGAAUAGGACAGUUUCAGAGCACUAACUGAACAAAGCCUCUUCAAGAUCCCACUGCGUCUUUACCAUUCAUAUCGAGAGCAGAUCCAGAGUAGAGUCAAGUGAUAAGGUGCUUUUCAGCAAAUUGCAUCUCGUUGAUUUAGCUGGAAGUGAAAGAACUAAGAAAACUGGAAGCAGUGGUAUUACUCUAAAGGAGGCCACAUUCAUCAAUAAAAGUUUGAGUUUCCUCGAGCAGGUAGUUAUAGCACUUUGUGAUAAAAGCAGAGAUCAUGUACCUUACAGACAGUCUAAGCUUACUAACUUAUUGAGAGAUUCACUAGGAGGUAAUUGCAAGACUCUGAUGAUAGCAAACAUCUGGCCAGAGCCAACUCACUUGGAAGAGACUGUUUCAACUCUCAAGUUUGCCACUAGAAUGAUGAGAGUCAGCAACGAAGCUAUUGUUAACAUUCAGCUUGACCCUCAUCUCCUAAUCAAGAGAUAUGAGAAAGAAGUUAGAGAUCUCAAGCAAGAGCUGGCAAUGCAUGAUACUCUAAAGAACAGAGGCAGAAUCACAUACGACGCUUAUUCACCAGAUCAAGUGGUUGACAUCUAAAAAGUGACUUAGCAAUAUCUGUCAGGUCAAGUUGAAGAGAUCCAAGAUAUCGAUUCCCUUAGGAAAGUCAGAGAGAUCUUCAAUCAAAUCAGAAAUAGCUACAGAAAGCUCAAGCAAAAUGUCGAGUCAAUGCAAAGACAAAUUGAUUCAGACCCGACUGCAUUCUAAAAACUCAAACAAGAUAAGCUCGAAGAGUCCAAGCUGGGAGGCGAGUAAGUUAUCGAUGACUCAUUAGGUGGCGAGUAACAAGACUCAGUCAGGAGAAAGAGAAAGCCUAUUGAUAAGUAGACAGCUUUCAUUGAGUAUAAGGAAGAAGGUGACGGCAGGACUCUUGAAAAGGCUAUCAUAGAUUACAGAAAUGAGAUGAAAGACAAGCGCUAGCACAUCAAGACCUUUACCUAGGUUAUUAACACCACUAAACAAGAGAUGGACAAGAUAAAGGCCAGACUUGAUAGUAAAGGCGAGGAGAAGAAGGCUUAGCUAAGAAGUGGGGGAGCUGAUUUCCAAUAAGAUUUUGAUGAUGACGGCAUGGGAGGGGGCAAUGGCCAGAUAGAAGAGAUUAUUGACGAGGAAGAAUUAAUGCUGUUGAAGGAGAUGAAGGAUCUGAAGAAAAACUAUAGAGAAAACUAUGAUAAACUCAAGAAUCUAAAGGUAGAGGUCAACGAUAUUCAGAGUAAUAUUGAUUCUAUGAAGUAGCAACUAAUCUACAACUUUGAGGGUUGGUAUGCAGAUGAAUUCGAAGCAGGUGGAGGCGGUGAAAUUUAGAUGGAUGACAGUGCUUACAAUCAAACAGUCAAAAAUCAAUAUCAAAAGGGCACUCUUAAUGCCUUCCAAGGAGACUCCUUGUUCAACGGUGGAGAGGAUGUCGACGAUGAUGCAUUAGCAUUUAUCAGAGCUAAGAGAAAGGUAGAUACUCUACACAAGGCUAAGAAAUUAGAAAAGCAAAGACCUGGCAGAUGA